AACUUUGCACUUUUAUUGCGUCAAGUUGUCACAAGCUCUUGACUAGACAGCGAGCAGAGAUUCCCACAUCCACUACACGCGGGUCAGCGGAUCAAUAACAGAAUGGCAGAUAAUGUGAAGACAGCAGAGAAGGACAAAGAGGACUCACAGGAACAACAGAGUGUAAUCUCCCGAGUGGGCAACCUGCCGCUGGUGAGUUCUGCGUGUGGAGCGAUGUAUAAUGCAUACAGCAGCACUAAAGACAGCGUUCCCCUCCUGAAAGGAGUAAUGGAGGUGGCAGAGAGCGGUGUCCGCACACUGGGUGCUGCUGCUUCAACAGGCUCUAAACCCAUACUUGACCGACUGGAACCUCAGAUUGCAGCUGUAAAUGAAUAUGCCAUGAAAGGGCUGGAGAAGGUGGAAGGAAACCUACCAAUUUUACAACAACCAGCAGACAAGCUGGUAUCCGACACAGUAGGCAUGGUGUACCAGUCGGUAACAGGAGCGAAGGAUGCUAUGGUGGGGGCUGUGAUGGAGGGUGUGGAGAAGACACGUAUGGCUGUGACCGGAGGCAUAAACACCGUCAUGGGGUCUCGUGUGGGCCAGAUGGUCAGUAAUGGUGUAGAUAAGGCCCUCACUCACUCUGAAGACUGGGUCGAGCAGAACCUUCCCAUCAGUGAAAAGGAGCUUGCUGCACUUGCUGAGCCAAGGCCAGGGGAGGAGGAAGGAUUCAUAGUGUCCACUCGCUCCAGCUACUUCGUCCGCCUGGGCAAACUGUCUGCCAAAGUUCGAGAGAGGGCGCUUGAGCAGUCCCUCCUUAGAGCCCGCAAGGCCAGAGACACUACACAUGCGUCCGUGACUCAAAUGACCAGCACUAUGGACCUGCUGGAAAGUGCCCGGGUUACCUUGGCCAGUGCCAACCAGCAGCUAGUGGGUGCUCCAGAGCAGCUGCUUCAGCGAUGGAAAGAGUGGAAAGAAGGGCAGCCCAAAGAACUGCAGGAAAAAGUAACAGUAGAGACAGAAGUGGACACGGCAAAAGACAAGGAACAGGAGAUGGAGUCGAAAGCCCUGUUGAUGGUGCGUGGUUUGAGUGAUCAGCUAAAGACGGCGUGUUCAGGGGUCGUGUCCAGUGUUCAGGGUCUUCCAGGCACUGUGCAGGAACAGCUUCUCAAUGCUCGACGUACAGCUGGAGAACUGCAGACAUCGCUGAGCAGCACCAAGACCCUCACACCUGUCCUCUUACAGCAGACACGCCAGCAGAUUGGCCAGGUACGACAGUCUCUGGAUGGAGUCGUGGAGUAUCUUCUCAAUAACACUCCUCUCAAUUGGCUGGUUGGGCCUUUUGCGCCUCAGAUAACAGAGAAAGGCGAAUGAAAUUGCCACAUAAGCUAAAUAAAUCUGACGUUAUGAUAUACAAAAGGUUAAUAUAUGGUGCAAAUUAUUGUUUAACUACUUCUAUUUCAAAACUGUUGUUUACUGGAGUCACUACUAGACUGACAUUAAAUUGGUAUUAAAUGACAGUAUAAUGAAGAUAAAAUUGCACAUUUGUAUUAUUUCAUAUUAAAAUUGUCAGUAUUUGAAAACAAGUAUUAAAACACAACUGAGUAUAAAUGUUAAAUGCUGAAUGUACUUUUUAAAUAAAAGCAAGCCAUACUUUA